AUGGACCACCACCGCUCCGUAAGCCUCGAGGAAGACUCGUGGACGUCCGUCGAGACGCAUGAAGCCGCCCAUGAGGUGAUCCCGCCAUCGACCCUCGCCCUCGAUGCCAAGGACAUGUACUACGGAGAGAUGAUCCAGGCCAAGGCGCCGGUCGUGUACGUCUCGCCGCAGCGCAUGCUGCAACGAGGCUUUCUGUGCUUGACGACGUACCGUCUUCUCUUCGUACCCCAUCCAAAAUCGAUGCCGCAAUCGACGCUCGUGGACGUCCCUCUCUGCAACAUUGCCGAGAUCCUCUUGCAGGACGAGCGCGCCAACAUGAGCACGAUCAGCAGCGUGGGCUAUUCGCUCGGCAUCAACGAGUACCCCAAGGACCUGGACACGAUCAAGCACCACCUCGAAAUCGCUUGCAAAAACUUUUGCAUCGUGCGCUUCGAAGUCGCUUCGACCUUUGGCCUUAGCUCGUUUUACAACCGGCUUUUGGACGCGCUCGACAGUGUGCACCAAAUCGCACCGCUUGCGUUCGCGUGCGCCGAUACCGACCGUCACGACGACGCCGUCGACAUGGAAGCGCUCAUCGAGCGGGACAUGGUGCGCCAGGGUAUCGUGGUGCCUGGCGCGCAGGAUGGUGGCGCCUUCCGACUCUCUCGCAUCAACCAAGCGUUUCGUGUAUGUCCGACGUACCCGACGCUGCUUGCCGUGCCCCGGGCCAUUGGUGACGCCGAGCUUCAAGCGAUCGGUCACUUUCGAGCCAAAGGCCGCGUGCCCGUCAUUACAUACCGGCACACGGAAUCAGACGCGAUCCUCGCGCGCUGCGCGCAACCGCUCGUGGGGCUCCGUCGGCGGCGCUGCAACCACGACGAGCGCUACAUGCGCAUCUUGCAAGAGCAAGCGCAUGGCCGCUUGUACAUUAUCGACUGCCGACACCAGACAAGCGCGUACGGCAACGUCGCACUCGGCGCCGGCUUUGAAAUAGCUGAGUUUUACAACAACGUGCCGCUGCUCUUUAUGAACAUCGAAAACAUUCACUCGAUGCGCGACUCGAUCCGCCGGCUCUUUGAGCUCGUCAAGGGCGAAGUCCGCGGCUCGGAGCGCGCCAAUUGGCUCUCGUCCCUCGAGAGCACGCGUUGGCUCGAGCACGUUCGAUCCGUCUUGGUGGCGGCGGCCAUGGGCGUCGAGAAGCUCGUCGACGAGCGUGCGUCACUCGUCGUGCACUGCAGCGACGGCUGGGAUCGCACGGCGCAGAUCAUGUCGCUCAUCAAACUUGCGUGCGACCCGUACUACCGGACGCUCGAAGGAUUUGCUCUCCUCGUCCAGCACGAGUGGGUUGCGUUUGGACACCGCUUCGAGUCGCGUUGUGGUCUCAAGCCGUCGAGCCAGGCAAAGAAACCCGUCGGGUACUACUGGGACGACGAGCAGACGUCGCCCGUCUUUGUGCAAUUCAUCGACGCGGUGUGGCAAAUGACGCAGCAAGCGCCGUGCUCGUUUGAGUUCAACGAGCGGUAUCUCAUGGCGAUUGUCGACGAAGUGUACGCGCGGCGCACGGGCACAUUCCUCUUUGACUGCGACGAGCAGCGCAUGAAGGCGCGUGUGGCCGCGCGGUGCCCUUCAUUGUGGCAUCGCCUCGAGCAAGUCGCUGCGGCGUCCGGGGACUUUCGUAAUCCGUUCUACAUGCCGCCGCAGAAAGACGUCGUCAACACCAAGUCGCCCGCCGUCCUGCGGCUCAAGUGGCACCUAAGCACACUGUCCAUUUGGUCGCUCUUUUACCUUCGGUCGCUCGAACACGUAGACCCAUCAAUGACCGACCAGACGGCGUGGGCCAAGGACGUUGCGGAGCAUAAAGUCGCGCUCCAAGUCCAGCUCUCGGAUACUACACUCGAGCUGCAGCGUCAAAUGGAGCUUAACUCGGCGCUCCUCUCCAAGGUCUCGAUGCUCGAGUCCAAGACGCACGAAUUGCACGCAGUGCUCCAGGGCCAAGUUUUUAGCGACCACGGUGUGGUGGUUCACGAAGAGGUGUUGUCGCGCUCGAAACGGUCGAUCGGCGCCGACGGCGAUGAUGACGAUGACGACGAAGGUGUACUCUUGAGUGUGACGCAGACACCCAUGGAGAAUGAUGGGCCCAAGAAAGUUCGGAGCGAAUUCAUUGGCGGUGCGAUGACAAGUCCGUUUGAGAUUUUGACAUCGUAUUUCCACGCAUCGUCGUCGUCAACCUAA